CACUGCACCCAGGUCCGGACACGGAGGCUGAUGAAGGAGCUACAGGAGAUCAGGAGGUUAGGGGAUAACUUCAUCACGGUGGAGCUGGUGGAGGACAACCUGUAUGACUGGAACGUCAAGCUGCACCAAGUGGACAAGGACUCGGCGCUGUGGCAGGACAUGAAGGAGACCAGCACCGAGUUCAUACUGCUCAACGUCACCUUUCCCGAUAAUUUCCCAUUCUCGCCGCCGUUCAUGCGGGUCCUGACGCCCCGGUUGGAGAACGGCUACGUGCUGGACGGUGGGGCCAUAUGCAUGGAGCUGUUGACCCCCCGCGGAUGGUCCAGCGCCUACACGGUGGAGGCGGUCAUGAGGCAGUUUGCGGCCAGCCUCGUAAAAGGACAGGGCCGUAUAUGUAGGAAAGCAGGGAAGUCCAAGAAAGCUUUCAGCCGCAAGGAAGCCGAGGCCACCUUCAAGUCCCUGGUGAAGACCCACGAGAAGUACGGCUGGGUGUCUCCGCCCGUGUCCGACGGCUGA